UAAGCGGCUAAGCAACGGUCACUUUGAGAAAUAGAAAACAAAAAGUUGAGCUGUUUAAAUUCCGGCUUAUUAUUAAUAUAUUACCACAAAAUGGGGGACUACGAUUCCGAUGAUGAAAAAUCACAGGUGGAGAAGCUGCGCCACGCCAAAGUGCCGCGCGGAAUGUUCGUGAGCGGCUGGGACGACGAUGCCGACGAACUGAUCGAAGAGGACAAGAACCCACAAAGCAGCAUUGAACGCAUGAUUCUGUGGGCGGUGAACGAGAACCGCAUCAGCGAGGUGCGGGAAAUCCUAAAACUGGACGCAGACACCGUGAACGCCAAGGAUAACGACGGAUACACGCCGCUGCACCGAGCUGCCUAUAAUAACUUUGUGGAUAUGGCCAAGUUGCUGCUGCAGUACCAUGCCAAUCCCAACGCCCGCACGGAGCUGGGAUGGACGCCAUUGCACUCCGCCUGCAAGUGGAACAAUGCGGAUUGCGCCCAUUUGCUGCUGCAGUUUGGCGCCGAUGUAAAUGCGGAAUCGGACGGCAAGCAGACGCCGCUUCACAUAACCGCCACUGUGUCCAAUUGUCGGAAUACGGCCACGGUCCUUCUGCUGGACCGAUACAUCCAGCCGCGCAAGGAGAACAACUCCGAGGAACUGGCCUCGGUGAUUGCCCGUCGUACUGGCAUGAGUUUUCCCAUUUUCGAGUCCGGCGAGGAAGCCUACGACUGCGAAACGGGACUGAUAGAUUAAUCACUUAAUAGUCAAACUAUGCGCAUACUUAUAGAAUAACUAAUAUAAUAUGUUUAUUUCAU